UCGUCCACUCUCACACACUGCUUUCCACUUCGCUCACACGCUCCAGCCAAGAGCCGCUCCACUGAGCGCCACCCAUUUUGCGUCCAGCUGUGCGCACAUCUGAGCCGCAACCAGGACUGAGGCUGAACCGGUUAAAACCGCGGCACUGACCGGAGAUCAGGGUGGGGGAAAUAAAACACACAUAAUUAUUAAUAGGAAGAUGGCUUCUAAAGCGACAGAGUGUCUGAAACUGUCGGAGGAUCAGAUUAAAGUGCUGGAGGAAAAUUUCAACAAAGUCAGCAAGCAUCCGGACGGGACGACGCUCAUGCUGAUCGCCGCGGAGUGCGGACUGUCAGAGGAGGAGACAGAGAAAUGGUUCAAGCUACGAAAUGCAAAGUGGAGGCAGUCAGAGGGUCUUCCAGCUGAACUGGGAUCAGUGUUGGACUAAGAUCUUUUGACCCCAUCUGGAUGUACAAAGCUCUUUGCUGACCUUAUUCCUCCUUGAUGGACUAACUUUCCCUCCUUGUCCAUUCCCUCUCCAUCUGUCCAUCCCUCUGUUUUGUUUCUAUGAAGCUAUUUUGUCUUGCAGAAUGUGAAGGUGUUUGUGUAUUGUUACCAAAUGUAACCACCAUGUUUAUAGAAAUAAACAUAUAUUGUUAUUGUAAGUUAAA